AGUCCAGGAAACUGUAUCCAUCUCGUCCCUUAGCCCUAUGCCUCUGUCAGUGUCUCCUCCUUCCCGUCACUCUCUGCAUAUCCUCAAAUCGUCUUUAAUAAGGGGCUCUACUCUCUGGUAUCAACUUCUGGGAUCUUCUUCGACUUUUUAAAUUGUAUCGGUUUUGAGAAUUGGGUUAUUUUGAACCCUUUCGUUUUUUCUUUAGGGGUAGAAGGCAGCGAAGACGAAGAUCAAAUGGGGAUUAUUGAGAGGAUUAAAGAAAUUGAAGCCGAGAUGGCUCGGACCCAGAAAAAUAAGGCCACAGAGUAUCAUCUUGGUCAACUCAAGGCAAAAAUAGCUAAGCUUAGGACACAAUUGCUGGAGCCUCCAAAAGGUUCUAGUGGAGGUGGAGAGGGCUUUGAGGUUACAAAAUUUGGCCACGGACGUGUUGCACUGAUAGGAUUUCCAAGUGUCGGAAAGUCAACACUUUUAACAAUGUUAACCGGCACCCACUCGGAAGCUGCAUCAUAUGAGUUUACAACGCUUACCUGUAUACCUGGAAUUGUACAUUACAAUGAUACUAAAAUCCAGCUCCUUGACCUUCCUGGUAUCAUUGAAGGUGCUUCCGAAGGAAAGGGACGUGGGAGGCAGGUUAUAGCAGUUGCCAAAUCUUCUGAUAUUGUGCUUAUGGUUCUUGAUGCCUCAAAAAGUGAGGGCCAUCGGCAAAUAUUGACGAAGGAGCUGGAAGCUGUGGGUUUGCGUUUAAACAAGAAACCUCCUCAAAUUUAUUUCAGAAGGAAGAAAACCGGGGGCAUUUCUUUCAACAGCACUUUACCUUUAACUCAUGUGGAUGAGAAGCUCUGUUAUCAAAUUCUACAUGAAUACAAGAUUCACAAUGCUGAGGUGCUAUUUCGCGAGGAUGCCACAGUUGAUGAUCUUAUAGAUGUAAUUGAGGGGAACCGUAAAUAUAUAAAGUGUGUAUACGUUUACAAUAAGAUAGAUGUUAUUGGUAUUGAUGAUGUGGACAAUCUUGCUCGGCAGCCAAAUUCUGUCGUCAUUAGCUGCAAUUUAAAGCUGAACCUAGACAGAUUACUUGCGAAGAUGUGGGAGGAGAUGGGGCUUGUGAGGGUGUAUACAAAGCCACAGGGACAGCAACCAGAUUUUUCUGAUCCUGUAGUUCUUUCAAUUGAUAGAGGUGGUUGCACUGUUGAAGACUUUUGCAACCACAUACAUAGGAGUUUGGUGAAGGAUGUGAAAUAUGUGUUAGUUUGGGGUAUAAGUGCUAGGCACUAUCCGCAGCAUUGUGGCCUUGCUCAUGUCCUUCAAGAUGAAGAUGUGGUUCAGAUUGUUAAGAAGAAGGAAAAGGAUGAUGGUGGUGGUAGAGGUCGAUUCAAGUCACAUUCAACUGCCCCUUCUCGGAUAUCAGAUCGAGAGAAAAAGGCUCCCUUGAAGACUUAAGUUUUGUUGAAGAUGCGUAAUAGCGGCUAAAAUGUUUCGAAGGCCACUAACUGUACUGUUGAAGAGUGAUGUUAUAUACCAGUGGCUUGUGUUCUUUGUUUGUCUACUGAUAAGGAAUAGGACUAAUGCAUGUUGACAUUGAACUUUGCCAACUGAGUAAUUAAGACCCGGUUUGGUAGGGCACGUGCCCAGCGGCACCGCUAGCGUGAAAUGCUGGGCCAUGCUCUGCUACCAAAUGGUUAGGAAAUGGCAGCAUAUAAGCUGUGGUUUCCGUUAAGAAAAACCACGUUCACCCGA